AUGCUCAGGGAUAACAUCCGGAGCCACCUUCAAGGAAGUCGGUGUUUGCUUGUUCUGGAUGAUGUGCGGGACAGUAGGGUAAAAGAAUUGAUUGUUUCUCAGGAUUUCAAGGUUAUGAUUUCAACGCGUGACAAGAAAGUUGCACAACAAAUGGGAGCUCAGCGAGCCCAUGACAUGAAUCAUUUGUCUGAGGCUGAUAGUAGGAAGCUUUUCUUCAUGCAUGCAUUCCGUAAAGACGAAAUUGAGAGUCUUUCAGAAGACCUGAAGAAAAUAGCCGAAGACAUUGCAGACAAGUGCUCGGGAUUGCCGUUAACUCUGAAGACAGUAGCAAGAUCCAUGGCAAACGUCAGACGGAAUCCUAACGAGUGGGAACCCACGCUGAACCGGCUAAAGCAAUUCGACACAAUCACGGACGACGUUCUGCCAACUCUCAGGUUAAGUUUCGAUGCUCUGCCUGAUUAUCUAAAGCCUUGUUUCCUUUUUUGUUCUGCAUACCCAAAAGAUACUAGAAUGGGUUGUGAGUACGUAGUAGUACAAUUAUGGAUUGCAGAAGGAUUUGUUAAUCCUGAUGAAACACAAGAUCCAUACGAGAUUGGACGAUCUUAUUUUAAACAGCUUGUUGAUCGUUGUGUGAUUGAGUUUCUACCUUAUAAUGAGAACGAUGACAUGAUCAAGUAUUGUAAAAUGCAUGAUCUGCUACACGAGUUAGCUCUUUUAGAGUCUCAGAAGUAG